AUGGUGAAAGGGAAAGGAAAUACACGGGUGAAUAGUCAGCAGGUUGUCUUCGAGCUGAAAAAUCGUGUGAUUCUUGCACUUAACAAACUUGCAGACAGGGACACUUACCAGAUUGGGGUUGAGGAGCUUGAGGAAACCAUAGAAUGCUUGACCCCUGAUGGGGUUGCCCCAUUUCUGUCUUGCAUAUUAGACACUGAUUCCAAGCAAAAAAGCAUGGUUCGUAAAGAAUGUGUUCGCCUGCUGGGUGUAUUCGCUACUUUUCAUGAGGGUCUAAUUGGAACCUAUCUUGGGAAGAUGGUAGCUAGCAUUGUUAAACGACUAAAGGACUCGGAUUCUGUUGUAAGGGAUGCAUGCAUAGAAACAUUGGGAACCUUGGCUUCCAAGUUGAACGGCAGUGUUGGGGAAAAUGAUGGCGUCUUUGUUGUGCUGGUGAGGCCUCUUUUCGAAUCAUUGGGUGAGCAGAACAAGCAGGUGCAGUUUGGUUCUGCCUUGUGCUUGUCGCGGGUCAUUGACAGCAUCCACAAUCCUCCUGCUUCAAUUUUGCAGAAGAUGUUGGCAAGGACUGUUAAGUUGCUUAAGAAUCCUCAUUUCAUGGCAAAACCAGCAAUCAUUGAGUUGAAUAGAAGUAUCAUUCAGGCUGGUGGUGCUGCAACUCAUAGUGCUUUAUCUGCUGCAAUAACUAGCAUUCAGGAAGCACUCAAGAACAGUGAUUGGGCAACACGCAAAGCUGCCUCUUCAGCAUUAAGGGAUAUUGCUUCUUGUGGUGGAGUGUGCCUAGGUUCUUUUAGGUCUUCAUGCAUUGGCAGUUUAGAAUCAUGUCGUUUCGACAAGGUGAAACCGGUUAGAGACACAGCUCUGCAGGCCUUGCAUCUCUGGAAAAAUCUUCUAGGGUCUGCUACUCCUGAACCUUCAGAAGCUGGAUCUUUUGUCAAAGAAACUGCAUAUAGAGAUGACUAUUGUGAUGUUACUAGCACUGGUGACUCGACGCUGAAGAAAUUUGGUGGUGACUUGUCCAAGAGAAGGGUUCUAUCUUUGAGAAAUCCACUCAGAAAUCAUGUUGAAAAACCUCAGAAUUCUGAAACAAAUGAUUGGCAAAUACAAAUUGCAGUUCCAAAAAGUCAUACAAUUUCUGUGGCAGACAUUCAGAAUGAAGAAUCCGAGGGUAGCUCGGUUACCAAGAGAUGUGAAAUCACCAAUGCUGACAUGAGUGACAAAGAUAAUGGUUAUGUAGAUGACAAACAGGAAUCAUCUUCUGUUUCUGAUCUUUUCUCUGAAAGCAUCAAGUCAAAGAUUGUCACAGCUCAUUGUGAUGUUCUUGAUGAUGUCAGUUUGGUGAAAUCAACUGGAACUAGCAAGCGGUUUGCUGCUGAAGAAGUCAGUAUAGAAGAGCAAAGAUAUGUUGCUAACAUGCGCGAUCGCAGGAGCUUGGAUUCCACUGUUACUGAAUCAAGUUCUCACAUAAUGCAUGGCUGUUGUUCACAAACAGAAAAAGAAUUGGUGUUGAUUCGGAAGCAGCUUUUAGAGAUUGAAAGUAAGCAGUCAAACUUGAUGGAUUUGUUAAAGGUGUUCACAAACAACGUAAUGGAUAGCAUGUCAGCAGUACAGUUGAAGGUGUCCAGUCUUGAACAAGUGGUUGAUAAAAUGGCACAAGAACUUGUUCAUGGUGGAAGAUAUGCAGAUGCAUUAGCAACAAAACUUUUGAAAAGAAGUCCUAGCAUAGCUUCUCCUAGACUUUCUACAUGCACUCCAAGGUCAUCCGUGGAUAUGCGCAAUAGACAGCCUGCAAUACUUCAAACCAAAAAUACAGAUGUUUGGGAGGACAAAACUUGUACUAGGACCAGACCAAGCAACCUUAGUAAACAAGCCAUGGACAUGUGGAUCGAUACCACUCCUAAGCUAAGCAGAAAUUCUGUUGGGAAGGGCACACUGACAAUAUCUGGUCCAAAAAUUCAUGGUGACCUACCAAGAAGUAACAAUGUCUUUGCACCGAUGCCUACUAAUGCUCGGCUAAAUAAACCAGAAACCAACAAUAGCUCAUGGAAUGUUGUGAAAAGUUAUUUGUCUGGUGGGGAUCUAGACUUGGCAUAUAUGGAAGCUAUACGUUCAUGUAAUGAACUUGUUUUGUUUGAGCUUCUGGAUAGAACGGGCCCUGUUCUUGAAAUUUUAUCACAAAAGAUUGCAAGUGACCUUUUAAGCAUUUUGGCAUCAUACUUCUUGGAGCAAAGAUUUGUGAACUCUAUAAUACCUUGGUUGCAGCAGCUGGUGGACCUGGCUACAAUCCACGGUUCAAAUCAUGUGAUCGUCUCCGCAAAAACAAGGCGAGAGUUCUUGUCUGCUAUUCAGGAAGCUGUGAAAGCAGAAGUCUUUGAUCCUGCAGCAAGAAGAUUUUAUAGUGAACUUGGAAAGACACUGCGCCAUAUCUGGGGGAACGGGUGCACCUAG